UGAAUUGCAAUCAGCAAUGCAAUGCAACGCGGGAAUCAGGAUGUGCGGUUUUGCAGGACCCCCAUAUAUACUAGGACUACACCUAUAGUCGCAUUUGGGCGCUGCCAGCAUUGUAGCCUGUAGGUGAGGUUGGCGCCACCUUCGCAUCGGCACAUCCGAAGUAGUCACCUGAGGUGGUCUCUGAGGGACCGCUGAUUGUGCGCAUUUUCGGUUGCACCGAUGGCGAAAGUUGAGCUGGCGCUAGACAGCAAGUGCAUAUUGGGCGAGUGCCCCAUCUCUGAAGCAUCCGGGAAGGUCCAUUUUGUUGACAUCAACAAGAAGCUGAUCCACACGCUAGAUCCCUCCUCCGACGACCAUGAGAUCAUCGAGACGCCUGAGUUCGUGGGGUGCAUUGUGCCACGCGCUGGAAAGGGGUUGCUUGCAGGCUUGCAGCACACCAUUGUCCAUGUUGACACCAUGGUCAGCAAGCUAGGCGACGUCGUGGCCCGCGUUCCUGAGGGGAAUGCAAAAGAGCACUUUCGGUUCAAUGAUGGAAAGGUGGAUCCGGCAGGAAGGUUCUGGGUUGGCCAUAUGAACCUGCACUGGCGAGACCCGACGGUGGCCAAGGGCAAGCUGUAUUGUUUGGAUCCAGCAAAGAAGGACGACGGUCUGGUGGUGAAACUGAACGACACCGUUCUUUCCAACGGCCUGUGCUGGAGCAGCGACAAGCGGUCCUUCUUCUGGGUGGACACAUCACUGCAGAAAGCGUACCACUUUGACUACGACCUAGAGUCCGGCGACAUCAGCAACCAAAAAGUGUGCGUCGAUGUUCCCGAAGACUUUGGCUUGCCCGACGGGAUGACGAUCGACUCAAACGAUAAGCUAUGGAUCGCCAUCGGCGAGAGCGGGCACGUGGCUCAGUACGACCCCGAGACUGGCAAGGAGCUGCAACGAGUGAAGCUGCCAGUGAAGAGGCCGACGUCUCUAGAGUUUGGAGGAAAGGACCUGUCCGAGUUGUACGUCACCACCAGGGAGGAGCCCGGCAAGAACCCUUCUCCGCACGCUGGAGGCCUCUUCAGGGCGCACAUCCCCGGUGUCAAGGGUCUCGCACACUCUUUCGAGUAUGCGGGUUGAGCAAUCUUAAAGAUUGAAAGUAGGAAACAGCGACAGGAACGAUAGUCAGAGCAUUCUUUUGAGCGCCAUAGAACUCUGAACAUGCGACAGCAGCUUGUCCAACCGUUGCUCGAUCAAUACGUGGCAACCGGAUCAUCAAUAUUGACGAGUUUCAGAGCAGUUCAGCACAUCUUAGUAUCUAGAAGGAGGGUCAUGGAGACAGGACCGGACAUGAGCGGCAUCAUACCGUCAUCGGUGAGCACAAAUUCUCCGCUGUGUGCAUGCGGCCACAAUAGUCAGUUACCUCAACUCAACUAUCAGAUUGUCAUGGGAACCGUCUCUUCGUCGACCCCUGCGAUAUGCAUGGCGGCCAAAUCUGCUGCAGAAACGUAC